GGGGCGUUGGGUUUCCUUGGAGGUCCUUGUUGAAGUUAGGAACAGUCAAGGGUCUCAAAAUCUGCAACCAUGUCGGACGCAGUGGUUAGUUUCUUGAAGGACUUUCUGGCUGGUGGUAUUGCCGCUGCCAUCUCCAAAACGGCUGUCGCUCCCAUUGAGAGAGUCAAGUUGUUGCUGCAGGUCCAGCAUGCCAGCAAACAGAUCACUGCAGAGAUGCAGUACAAGGGAAUCAUGGACUGUGUGGUGAGGAUCCCGAAGGAGCAGGGCUUCAUUUCCUUCUGGAGAGGCAACCUGGCCAACGUGAUCCGCUACUUCCCCACCCAAGCUCUUAACUUCGCCUUCAAAGAUAAGUACAAGAAGGUCUUCCUCGGUGGAGUGGAUCAAAAAACACAGUUCUGGCGUUACUUCGCUGGUAAUCUGGCAUCUGGCGGUGCUGCUGGUGCGACCUCGCUCUGCUUCGUCUACCCUCUUGACUUCGCCAGAACAAGGCUCGCUGCAGACAUCGGCAAGGGCACAGCUGAGAGAGAGUUCAGUGGUCUUGGAAACUGCCUCUCAAAGAUCUACAAAACCGAUGGCCUCAAGGGUCUGUACCAGGGAUUCAACGUGUCUGUGCAGGGUAUUAUCAUCUACAGAGCGGCCUACUUCGGAUGCUUCGACACAGCUAAAGGUAUGUUGCCAGAUCCGAAAAACACGCACAUUAUUAUCAGCUGGAUGAUCGCCCAGACUGUCACCGCUGCUGCUGGUAUCAUCUCCUACCCCUUCGACACCGUCAGACGUCGUAUGAUGAUGCAGUCCGGACGCAAAGGAGCUGACAUCAUGUACACGGGCACAAUCGACUGCUGGAGGAAGAUCAUGAAGGACGAGGGAGGAAAAGCCUUCUUCAAGGGUGCCUGGUCCAACGUGAUCAGAGGAAUGGGCGGUGCCUUCGUGUUGGUGCUGUACGACGAGAUCAAGAAGUUUACAUAAUAAACUUUGUAACCUUCCCCGCCCAAACAAGGAAACCUUCACUUUGUUGAAGUCUUAAUUGUUGUGAUAGAGUGAUAACAGCUUGUGGUGAAUUACAAUGUGGGCGUGGUCUCGUCAGAGAUAGCCCGGGACAGGUAGGUUAGGUUUACCUGACCUGGGCCAACAUGCCACCCAAGAAAUCUGUACAUACAUAUCUUAUCUACCACGUGUCAAACUGCACAAAUAGUCAAGCAGGUGUUUCGGUGGAGAUGUUGUGAUGACACAGAUGAUGACAUCACGACCAGCCUCCUCUUGUUAGUGUCACUUUGUGAAGCAGUAAUGUUGUGACCACUCUGAUCAAUGUAUCCAAUCUCACAUCAGUUUAUUAACAAUAAAGAUUUAUAAGUCUG